AUGAGUCAAGGAAAGCGUACAAUAGAGGUCCUUUCUGAUAACGAACUUAGUUGCAUUGAUAGGCAGGCACAAUCUAAUAUGAAUUCUGGCAUAAAUAAGAUAAAGAAGCCCGCCAAGAAAAGAGGAAGAAUUAAUGUUAAUGCUUGUCAUCGUUGUAGACGUGAUAAGAAGAAAUGCGACGGAAAUCACUCCACAAAGGAACCUUGUAAGUAUUGUCGUCACCAUAAGGUGGAAUGUACAUACCCAGAACCAGGAAGGAAGAGAGUAAAGUUAAUUCAACCCAACGUUGAAGACAAGAAUAUCAAAGAGAUAAAAAAAAUUAAGAAGUUGGAUAUCAGAAAAUCCUCAAUGGAUGAAUUGUGCGAGCGCAUGAUUAAAGUUGAAGAAAAUUUAGUUGACAUGACUGAACUUCUGGCUAACGUUCGUCAUUCAGCUUCUUUGGAUGUUACAGAAAUUACACAACAACUUUUCUUUCGUCUUUUAACAAAAGAAUCUACCACAAUUGAACAAACGAUUCUUUUACGUAGGUUAUGGUCUUUAAUCGAAAAAAUAAUGAAUUGCCCCACAUCAAAUGAAGAUUAUUUUCAUGCAUUUUAUAACAGGUUACAAUUACUUGAAAGUGAUCAAGAAGAAAUUAGAUCAUUAAUGUGGAAAGAGGUUCAAAAUUAUGUUGACGGGUGCGAAGACACGGGCAGCGCCCGUGAAAGUGAAUCAUUAUUAAAUCCAACAUCUUCUCCAUACGCUGUAUUACCUCAAACACAACCCAUUUCUCCCGUUCCACCUGAAUUUGAUAUCAAUAAUGAUUUAUUUGCUGACUUUUCGUUUGAGGAUUUUAAAUAUUCCACUUUAAAUGUUACGCAUGAGGAUAAUCCUUUAAUCGCACCAAUUGUGCCUUCUCAACAUAGUCCAAAUUUACAGGUUAAAUUUUUAAAGAACAAUCAAAAUAUAGAACAAAAGGAUUACCAAGAAGGUGGGAAUCCUAUGCUUUCACCAUCAAUAUUCCCAAAUGAAGUCAUUUGGCCAGGAACUACUGAUAUCAUUGAUGAUAACUUUAACGAAGAUCAUUUUCUCACUUCACCUAAUUUACUACCAUAUAUCGAUUCAUCCCCAUUUUCAACAAUUUCAUCUCAUAAUAACACACCAAUCGACAAAGAAAUGGAAUAUUUUCAGCAUUUAAUGAGUGAAGAGACAAAUUUCCUACAUUUCCAAGAAACGAUGACAUCACCUUCGUUUUCGAAUGAAUCACCUAAUGAAGUCGAAUUUCAUUUUAACCAACUUUGA